AUGGAUAAUAAGAAAAAAAAGAAUAAGAAUAAGACCAAAAAAGAGCAACAACCAUAAUAACAAUAGCCAUAAAAUUAAUUAGUACCAAAAAAUUAAUAACAUCAUCACGAUCAUGAACAUCAUGGAAACGAUGAACAUCAUCACGAUCAUGCUCAUUGUAAUCAUGGAUUGCCAAGUGAUGCUUCUAAUCUAGACCCUACCAGUUUAUUAAAUGGUUUAAAUAAAGGAGAAGGAUUGCUUGGUAGCUUAAGCAUGAUACCCAAAUUGACAGAAAUGUUAAAUCAAUUAACCAAUUUUGGAGGUUAAGCCUUCAAACCUGAUGACCCCCUCCCUGAUUUCACUAAAUUUGAUUAAACUAAGUAAACCUUGGAAGUAGCAAUCGAAGAGUUUUAAUCCACAAUUGAAAGCGUCCAAAAGAAAGAUUUCACUAAUCUAACAAAACCAGUUGUGUAGAAACAGCAAUAAUAAAAAUUAUCUAAACAAUAGUAGCAAUAAAAAGAUAAAAAUAAUUAAAUUAUCAAAUAAAAUAUUGAUUAUCUGAAUACAUUGCAAAAGGACUUGAAGAAACUCAUGCAAGAUUAAUCCCUGAACGGAAUUGCACCUAUAUUGAAUCAAGGAAUUGAGAACUUAAAUUAAGAUAUCCAAUAUUAUUAGAAGUAAUAAGAAGUAUGAGAAUUAAAUAUAUAAAUUAAUUAUUCAUUUACACCCCAUA